GGCUCGGAUAUAAAUUUCGGCAGAGUACAACAUUUCAAGAUGCUGGAGAUUAUCUGGGUGAACCUAGAGAUUACAUUUAAAGUGAUUGUGUCUUCAAAAAUUCUGCUCCUACAUUUCACGAGAUAAAAUAUUUUAUAAAGAUGAAAACUUGGAGAUCAGUGAAAGUAUCUGUUAACCAUGUCCUGUGAAUUCAGAGAAGAAUUUCUGGAGGAAGAAUAGAUUCAUCAUAUACCUGGACUCAAUUUUUUCUUUCUUUCUUUCUUUUUUUUUUUUUUUAAUUCUAGAAGGAUAUCUACAUGAAGAUAACCCUGUCUGUAAGAUAUGGUCUGUGGCAUUAGGUGAAAGGAUAUUUCUCAUGAGUUAACAGCAUUUGUUUCUAUAUGAGAUCAGGUUUUUUUUUUUUUUUUUUUUUUUUUUUUUUUUAAACAGAAAUGAAGGACCAUUAUGAAAAAGCAAUGCUGAUGUGUUUCUCUAAGGCCUUUAUGUAAGCCUCUACUGUCUGGAUGUGGUGCUAAAGGAAAGGCAAUCUGCUUUUUAUCAGCUGAUUGUAACUGUAGAAAGAGAACCUGUAAUUUAAAGUAACUUCCAGCUGAAAUUAUUUUACUCUUUGGCUUGCACAGAAUGAAAGGGAAAAUUAACAUGUUUUACUGGUCAGUGGCCUUUUACUGAACUAAGAAAGGGAAAGUUAGAGUAUCUUUUUUUUUUUUCUUCUUCUUCAUUUCAAACCAAGGACUGACAAAAUAUUUUUGUUAGAAUUUGACUACUAGGCAGAUCUCCACAUUUUAAAACAAGUCAGAUGUCAGCAAACGACUCUUCUCCUCCAUCCUUACAGAAGUUUUCCCCGCCUACAUGUCAUGCUGCUGCACCACAAACCCCAACUUUGUCUUCAAGCCCCCAGUCGGGGCUCUCCAGUCGACUUUCCAAUGGCAGUUUCAGUACACAGAGCCUCACCAACUCCAGGGGCUCUAUGCAUGGGGUCUCAUUCCUUCUGCAAAUUGGUCUCACUCGAGAGACUGUCACCAUUGAAGCUCAGGACUUGUCCCUCUCUGCUGUUAAAGACCUCGUGUGCUCUAUAGUUUACCAGAAGUUCCCAGAGUGUGGUUUUUUUGGCAUGUAUGACAAAAUUCUCCUCUUCCGUCAUGACCUGAACUCAGAUAAUAUUUUGCAACGGAUCACAUCAGCAGAAGAGAUACACGAAGGUGAUCUUGUUGAGGUUGUUCUCUCUGCUUUGGCUACAGUUGAAGAUUUCCAGAUUCGCCCUCAUGCACUUUAUGUGCAUUCCUACAAGGCUCCUACUUUUUGUGACUACUGUGGAGAGAUGCUUUGGGGUUUGGUACGACAAGGAUUAAAAUGUGAAGGUUGUGGAUUAAACUACCAUAAGAGAUGUGCCUUCAAGAUCCCUAAUAACUGUAGUGGAGUGAGAAAGAGGCGUUUGUCUAAUGUGUCUUUACCAGGAGCAGGACUUUCAGUUCCAAGACCAGUGCAAGCUGAAUGUACAGCCUCUGCCUCUGAAGAGCGCUGCUGUCCAGAACCUAGUAAACGGAUUCCUUCCUGGAGUGGCCGUCCCAUCUGGAUGGAAAAGAUGGUGCUUUGCAGAGUAAAGGUUCCACACACCUUUGCUGUUCACUCUUACACUCGUCCCACCAUAUGCCAAUAUUGCAAACGGCUGCUUAAGGGCCUUUUCCGCCAAGGAAUGCAAUGUAAAGAUUGCAGAUUCAAUUGUCACAAACGUUGCGCAUCUAAAGUGCCUAAAGACUGUCUUGGGGAGGUGGUUUUCAACGGAGAACCUGCUAGUCCAGGCCAGGAUUUGGACAUGCCAAUGGAAGUUGAUAGCAGUGAAAUGAACAGUGAUGGUAGUCGGGGUCUGGAUGAUGUUGAAGAGCCCUCUCCUCCAGAGGACAAAAUCUUCUUUAUGGACCCAUCUGAUCUUGAUGCAGACAAAGAUGAAGAAGCUGUCAAAACUAUCAGUCCUUCAACAAGCAAUAAUAUUCCACUCAUGAGGGUUGUGCAGUCCAUUAAGCAUACAAAGAGGAAGAGCAGUACGAUGGUGAAGGAAGGAUGGAUGGUCCACUAUACUAGCAGAGACAAUCUGAGAAAAAGACAUUACUGGAGACUGGACAGCAAAUGCCUCACGCUGUUUCAAAAUGAAUCUGGAACAAAAUAUUACAAGGAGAUUCCACUUUCAGAAAUUCUCCAGGUCACUCAGCCUCGAGAUUUUUCAAACAUGGUGCAGGGCAGCAACCCAUACUGUUUUGAGAUCAUCACUGACACGAUGGUGUACUUUGUUGGAGAAAACAAUGGCAGCAGCCAUCACAGUCCUGUUCUUGCUGCCACCGGAGUUGGACUUGACGUAGCUCAGGGCUGGGAGAAAGCCAUUCGUCAGGCUUUGAUGCCAGUCACUCCUCAAGCUAGCGUUUGUACUGCUGCAGGACAAGGAAAAGACCACAAGGAGUUAUCCCUAAGCAUCUCUGUUUCAAAUUCACAAGUCCAAGAGAAUGUGGACAUCAGCUCUGUGUACCAGAUAUUUGCUGAUGAAGUGCUGGGUUCUGGUCAGUUUGGCAUUGUAUAUGGAGGAAAACAUAGGAAGACUGGAAGGGAUGUGGCUAUUAAAGUCAUCGACAAGAUGAGGUUUCCAACUAAACAGGAAAGUCAGCUACGUAAUGAAGUGGCCAUUCUCCAGAAUUUGCACCACCCUGGGAUUGUGAACCUGGAAUGUAUGUUUGAGACCCCAGAACGAGUCUUCGUUGUGAUGGAGAAGCUGCAUGGCGAUAUGCUAGAGAUGAUUCUUUCCAGUGAGAAAAGUCGGCUGCCAGAACGUAUAACUAAGUUCAUGGUCACUCAGAUACUUGUUGCUUUGAGGAAUUUACAUUUCAAGAAUAUUGUGCACUGUGAUUUAAAACCGGAAAAUGUACUACUAGCAUCAGCAGAGCCAUUCCCUCAAGUGAAGCUCUGUGAUUUUGGCUUUGCACGUAUCAUUGGUGAAAAGUCUUUCAGGCGCUCUGUGGUGGGGACACCUGCUUAUCUUGCCCCUGAAGUGCUCAGGAGUAAAGGUUACAACCGCUCUCUAGACAUGUGGUCAGUAGGAGUUAUUGUCUAUGUGAGCCUUAGUGGUACAUUCCCAUUUAACGAAGAUGAGGAUAUAAAUGAUCAGAUUCAAAAUGCAGCAUUUAUGUACCCACCAAAUCCCUGGAAGGAAAUAUCUAGUGAAGCCAUUGAUUUAAUAAACAAUUUGCUUCAAGUGAAGAUGAGAAAACGUUUCAGUGUUGACAAGUCUCUUAGUCACCCAUGGUUACAGGAUUAUCAGACUUGGCUUGACCUCAGAGAAUUUGAAACGCGCAUUGGGGAGCGUUACAUUACCCAUGAGAGUGAUGAUGCACGCUGGAAAGAACAUGCUUACGAACACAACCUUGAGUACCCCCAGCAUUUUAUUAUGGCUCCUAAUCCAGAUGACAUGGAAGAAGACCCUUGAUUUAUUCAUUAUGCUAAAUUGCAGCAAAGAAGGGCACUCCAGACAAACUGAAGACUUAAGUUUUGGAACAACUGUUGCUCUUUUUGAGUGCUGUUCACAUAAUUCAGUAGACAAAACUACAGAGGAUACUGCAUUGGCAUGGGGAUAGACUGUCAUCUGGCAAGCUCUUCUCCAUCUCUGACUUAAACUAUGAAUAGUUAUUGGACAGUGGGAUAAGCCCUAUUGGAUAACAUUUCACCGAGCUGCAUGGCUACAAAGCCAUCACUGAGGUGUAGUGUGUACAGACUGAAUGCUUUGUGUGAGGUUUUUCAAGUUUUUUGGUUUUUGGUUUUUUUGUAGUCUAUGCAAUAAGAAUUUUGUAAUGGUUUCCUAAUCCCUAUUUACUAGGCCAUAGAGAGUUGUUUUCUGUUGUUUAGAUACAUCUCCUGUUUACUAGACUGUGCAUUGUGGAAAGAGAUUGUAAAAGGAAAUUAGUGCAGGAUACCUUGACUAAUAGCAAAGCAUGUGGCUUAGGACUGAAUACGGUUCCACAGCUGAAGGAAUAAUUUGCUGCUGUUGAGAGGGUUAAAUGUGUCUGUCUUUGCUCUAACUGAACUUUUUUCCAGAUACCUGAAAAAAGAAAACCCCACAACUUCUUACAUUCCUCUUGAAAUGCUGGCUGACAAUCUAAAGGGAUGACAAUCAAAGCUGUGCUAGUCCUUUAUUUUGUCUGUCUGAAAACAGAGCAAUAAGCCACAAUACAAUGUGUUGCUGUGCAAGGCUGGCACAUAUAUAAACCAAAGGCAUUUUGCCUUAAAACUGCCUGAGUAAUGCAAAGAGAGCACACAAGACUUGAUGUAGCACAUUCUUCCAGUCUGGAAUAACUGUUGCUAGUAGAAGGAUGUGGAAAAAAAAAAAAUAGGGGAAAAUACGUGCAGCUUUCUCUUGUUGUUUUGAAUAAUUAACUCUUAAAAUUUUUCUAUUUUUUUUAAGGUUCCCUGGACUUAUAUCAGGAAUAGUUUGUAUCCUGCUAGCUUCCAUCUUUGCUCCUAAGUUUGAGCAGAGUAACGGUGGCUACUGAAUCACCAGUUGCACCAGGGCAGCUGGACUGUAGGAGAAAGGGCCUUUGCCUUCCAACCUUAAUCUGCAGCCCCUCCUGCCCUCUUUUCUGUGCUCAGGAUUGUUGUUUAUGAGCUGAAUGAAGAGUCCAAAACCAACUCAUAAUUCAGGUUUUUUGCAGACACCUCACUUGAUAUAUUCUCAACCACUUAUUGGAGUUGGGGCACAAUAGAGUAGGAGCAGCAGUUUCCUUUGGAAAUGAUUCUCUCAGAGGAUAGCCUAUCAGUUAAAAGUAUGUGAUAUUUCAAGUUUGAGGCCUUCUAUGCUAAAUGCAGAUGGAAAUAAAAGGAAGAUUUCCCCCCCCCCCCCCUUAGUUAAAAAAAUGGAAAAAGUGAAGUCUUUCCUUUUUUGUGGGGUAACAGCUUUGUGCUGCUGGGAGAUGCUGGAUGACUGUACAUAUCCCUGAUGUGGUGCCAAGAUGCUUAACUGGAGCUUGGCUCAAAAUACUUUUUUUUGUACUGAUACAGGCUUGAGCUGCAAAGGCAGGUGGGAGCCUUUGAGGUAUAGCUCCUCUCUCCUACAAAUUUUUUUUUUUUUAAACUGUUGUUCAGGUAAGGAAGUAGUUGAGCAGACUGUUUCUAAGCUGUUAGAUAUUCAUAAAGUUGUACAAGGUUGUUUCAAGGCUUCAGUUGCACAGUGAACUGGCAGUAAACUCAGUGGGAGCUGCAGAGGCAUGUACCUAAGGCCCCUGUCUGGGCCUUUAACCUACCUUUUCCUUUCCUGUUGCCUUUAA